AUGGAGAAGGGAGGCAGCCCCUCGGCCAGCAGCUCGGUGGCCUUGGCCUCAUCCUCCACGGCCACCUUGAAGGAGGAACUACUGUGCCCCAUCUGCUACGAGCCUUUCCGGGAAGCCGUGACGCUUUGCUGCGGCCACAACUUCUGCAAGGGCUGCGUGAGCCGUUCCUGGGAGCACCGGCACCACGUGUGCCCCGUCUGCAAGGAGGCCUCCUCGUUCGACGACCUUCGCAUCAACCACACGCUCAACAACCUGGUGGAGAUGAUCCUGAAGGAGGAAGGGCAGCAGCAGAGCCGGGCGGCCGCCCUCUGCCCCCUGCAUCACGAGGAAGCCCAGCUCUUCUGCCUGCAGGACAAGGAGUUGGUGUGCUUCGUCUGCCAGAGCUCCAAAGAGCACGAAGGGCACAAGAUGCGGCCGGUGCAGGAGACGGCGGUGGAUUUCAGGGCCAAGCUGAAGAACAUGGAGACCUCCCUGCGGGGUAAGGUGAAGGAUUUCGGGGCCGUGCGUCGCUCCUACGAGUCCAUCUCCAAACACAACCGGGUGGAAGCGACGCGGUUGGAGGAGCAGAUCAGGAGGGAGUUUGAGAAGCUGCACGAGUUCCUGCGGGGCGAGGAGAAGGCGCUGCUGGCCCAGCUGCAGGAGGAGACGCGGCACAAGCACGGCCUCAUCGAGGGCAAGGUGAAGCAGCUGGCAGAGGAGAGCCGGGCCCUGCUCCAUGAAGCCCACCAGCUCCAGGCAGAGCUGAAGGAGGAUGACUACACCUUCCUCAUGACCCACAAGAACCGCAAGCGCAGGAUCGCCUGCACGGCUGAGGAGCCGGAGGCCGUCUCCUCGGGGAUGCUCCUCGACAGUGCCAAGUACCUGGGCUCACUGCAGUACAACGUGUGGAAGAAGAUGCUGGACAUCAUCACUGUAGUCCCCUUCAGCUUCGACCCCAACUCCGCGGCGGGCUGGCUCUUGGUGUCCGAGGACCUCACCAGUGUCACCAACAGGGGCUACAAGCUGACGGUGGAGAACCCCGAGCGCUUCACCUCAGUCCCCUGCAUCCUGGGCUCCCACGGCUUCUCCACCGGUUUCCACACCUGGGAGGUGGACCUGGGCGGCAUCACGAACUGGCGGGUGGGGGUGGCCCGGCCACACGGUGGCACCCACUGGACCUUCCACCACGACGCUCGCUCCGGUUUCUGGUAUAUCUACCGCCUGCCCGGAAAGGACAGCGAGAUGUGCCGAGCAUCCAACACGGCGCGUUCGGAGGCGGCGCUGGGCGACCUGAAACGGAUCCGGGUGGAGCUGGACUGCGACGAAGGGGAGCUCUCCUUCUACGACACCGACCGCAAGACCCACAUCUACACCUUCCACGAGAAGUUCGGUGGCACCGUCUUCCCUUAUUUCUACGUGGGGGGCGCGCCGGUGGGCGCGCUGCCCAACACGCUCCGCAUCUGUCCCCUCCGGGUCCGCAUCCACGAGGAUGUCCCUGUCUAGUGGCCACCAUCUCCUGCC